UACCAAGAAUUAAGCGAAUAAGAAGGAGUGAUAAAUGUUUAUCGCAAAUGAAUUCCUAAUUAAUUUAAACAACAACAUCGAAGUUAUUGCUCAGAUUGUGUUUGUAUCAUUCAAUUUCAAUACUUCAAUACGUGUGAUUUUUGAAUAUUUAUCGAAAUGAAAAUCCUAUCGAUCAUCUCGAUAGUUCUAUCCUAUCUGGCAGUCUCAACACUCGGUGUAAGUUCAGUGGAGGAAAAUGAAGAAAUUACACUUUUUCGCAAAUCAGGCACACUCGCCCCCUCCACCCUCCUCGCACAAAACACCCACGCUAAAGGACUGAAGCUAAAGCAGUGCAAUUACGACAAAAUCUCCGCGAACAGCUUCACUUCCGUACAGACCCUGAAGAAAAUCGAGAUCGACAAAAGCACCAUCGGUGAAUUAUCCCAAGGAGCCUUCAACGGAUGCAACAACCUCAAGGAAAUAAUCAUAAGAAACUCCAAGAUCGACAAUCUAAACCCGAAGGCGUUCAACAAUCUGCUCAACGUCAAGAAGCUCAAGAUCAAGACCACCAAGAUCGGAGAUCUCAAAACCAACAUGUUCUCCGGUUGCUCAAACAUGGAGGAGUUCGUAUGCGAAGAGUGUAACAUUGAAAAUGUCGAACAGGAUUCCAUGAACGGACUGAGCAAUCUUAGAGAGCUGGACUUGCAGAAGAACGCCAUCAAGAAAUUUACGUUCGCGAAUAUGCCAGUCAUGCCGAAUUUGAAGAAGAUCAAUUUGAGCAACAACCCUCUGACUGAUCUGGAUGUGACAGACAUAAAGACGAAAUGUCCCAGUUUGGAGUCGAUCAAACUGAAGGGAGUCAACUUGGCUCAACCGGUCAAGCAACAACUCGAAACUUUCAAAAUAAAAAUAAAGAAGAAUUAAGUAGAUAAACUGCUCUUAUUAAAUUCAAAUUCUGUACAGAAUAAAUAGGAAUUUUUGUAAUAA